UGUCCACGCACAAUGGGCCAUGGAGUUCUCUUUCGAUGUGGACGCCCUGCUGCCGGAGCGGAUCACGGUGCUGGACCAGCACCUGCGACCCCCAGCCCGGCGACCCGGAACCACAACGCCGGCCCGUGUUGACCUGCAACAGCAAAUUAUGACCAUUGUAGAUGAACUGGGCAAGGCUUCUGCCAAGGCCCAGCAUCUUCCUGCUCCCAUCACCAGUGCAUUAAGGAUGCAGAGUAACCGCCAUGUUAUGUAUGUGCUCAAAGACACUUCAGCGCGACCAGCUGGAAAAGGAGCCAUUAUUGGCUUCCUGAAAGUUGGAUACAAGAAACUCUUUGUGCUGGAUGAUCGUGAGGCUCACAAUGAGGUAGAACCACUUUGCAUUCUGGACUUUUACAUCCAUGAGUCACUUCAACGCCAUGGCCAUGGACGAGAACUCUUCCACUAUAUGUUGCAGAAGGAGCGGGUUGAACCACACCAACUGGCCAUUGACCGACCAUCACAGAAGCUGCUUAAGUUCCUGAAUAAACAUUACAACCUGGAGACCACAGUCCCACAGGUCAACAACUUUGUGAUCUUCGAAGGCUUCUUUGCCCAUCAGCACCGGCCCCCUGCUCCCUCCCUGAGAGCAUCUCGACAUUCUCGUGCUGCUGUGGUUGAUCCUACACCUGCUGCUCCAGCAAGAAAGCUGCCACCCAAGAGAGCAGAGGGAGACAUUAAGCCAUAUUCCUCUAGUGACCGAGAAUUUCUGAAGGUAGCUGUGGAGCCUCCUUGGCCCCUAAACAGGGCCCCUCGCCGUGCUACACCUCCAGUUCACCCACCCCCCCGCUCCAGCAGCCUGGGAAACUCACCAGAACGGGGUCCCCUCCGCCCCUUUGUGCCAGAGCAGGAGCUGCUGCGUUCCCUGCGCCUCUGCCCUCCACACCCUACUGCCCGCCUUCUGCUUGCUACUGACCCUGGGGGCAGUCCAGCCCAGCGUCGCCGCACCAGGGGGGAUCCCCCAGGGCUGGUAGCCCAAAGCUGCUGCUACAGCCGCCAUGGGGGAUUGAGUUCCUCAUCCCCCAAUACAGGCAACCAAGAGUGGAAGCAGGGGGAACAGGAAACACAGAAUAGGUCUGCCAGCGAGGAGCAGGUCUUGUCACAGGAUGGGUCUGGGGAGGAACUCAUGCACACAGUUCCUCCACAGGCCCAGGCCCUGCCAGCUCAGUCCUGGACAAUGGGUGGGGACAUGUUCAACGCCAGGUUCAUUCGAAACUUGCAGGACCGUCGCAGCACUAGGCCUUGGUGAUGGAAACCCUUUCUCACACCUUCAAAGUCAGUAUAAUUUCUCACUACAGGAGGUAGCCAAACAAAGCCCGCCCUCAUAAUGGAAAUAUUUAUUCAUUAAUUCUUUCAUUCAUUCAACAGCUUUUCUUACCAGUGCCAAGUCAUUUGUAUUUUAUUUUUAACCAGAGCAAUAAAAGUUUAUUUUUAUCACGAGA